GGAAUGAGGAAGACAUGGACUAAGAAAGCAACUCAGAAGGAGAUAAAGACAAGGAGAAUUCAAAAAUAAAAAUGGAGAAAACCCCCUGGCCCAAACAGAGCCAUGAGUGGGGUAGAAGGUGCUGUGUAGCUGGGGAAGAGCCAGCAGCGCAUCACAUGCUGAAGCGUAUACUACCACAUCCUAAGCCCACCCUCAGUGAAAAGGCAGGGAACAGACUAACCCUGUGACAGCGAUGGGUUUGACCUCAAUUGACCUCCUCAGCUGGAGCGUGGGCUUCGCUCUCUGCUUCUUCAUGUUGUUACUUCCAGAGGCCAAAGCAGACAACCUGAACACUUCCACAUCACGCAACGGUGGAGGUUCACAGUGUGGGGAGUACACAAACCAGCUGAUGGAGGAUGGGAUGUGUCGGCUGGUGGCCACGCUGCCUCAGCUGGACGAGAGGAGCUGCCCGGAUAUGUUCCGCUGCUCUGAUGAGGUUUCCUACUGGCUGCACGAAAACGAGGAGAGGAAGCAGCAGAUUGUGGCCCUGAAGGAGAUCAUCUCUGAGCUGCAGGAGGAACUCAGAAACCACCGGCAUCGCAUCAAUGUCCUCGAGCUGCAGAGUGAGGAGAAGCUCCACCUGAACAUCUCUUUGGAGCAGCGCUUCCAUGAUCUAGAGGUUCAUUAUGCUGAAGCCAGCUCUCUGCUGCAUCUGCAGGGCACUCUGAUCCUAGACCUGCAGAAUAAGCUACAUAACCUGACUCUCUUAAUGGAUAAAGUAAAAAGAAGCUCAGACUGUUCCAUCAAUAUUGUCCGGCCCAAUCAUUUACAGAAUACUCAAGAAGUCCUGCACCCAGAGAUCCAGCAUAUGGGGAACUGUCCCAUUGACUGUGCUUCCAUCUACUACAACGGUGUGAGAAGAUCAGGUCUUUACACUGUGGUGCCAUUACUGGCAAGCAUGCCUGUAGAGGUUUACUGUGACAUGGACACGGACGGUGGUGGCUGGACCAUGAUCCAACGGCGAGUUGACGGCUCUGUGAGCUUUGACCGCAGCUGGAGGGAAUACAGGGAUGGAUUUGGUGACCUGCAUUCAGAGUUCUGGUUGGGUAACAACCACAUCCAUGACCUGAGCACCCAGGGAGACUACAGUCUCCGCAUCGAACUGGAAGACUGGAGCAUCCAGCACAAACAUGCCCUGUAUCAGAGCUUCAGCGUGGAAGAUGAGGAACAUCAGUACCGUCUUCAUGUAUCAGGUUUCAGUGGCACAGUGCAGGACUCCUUCGGCUGGUACCAUGACAAGCAGCACUUCAGUACUCCAGACACUGGGAACAUCUGUGCUGAGAUCUCUCACGGUGGCUGGUGGUACAACCAGUGCUUCUACGCCAACCUUAAUGGAGUCUACUACCGGGGAGGCCAUUACUCUCCAAAAGGUCGUGGCUCACUGGGUCCUGACGGGAUCGUCUGGUACUCCUGGAAAGACUCGGAUUAUUACUCUCUACGCAAAGUCAGCAUGAUGAUCCGACCGCGCAGCUUCCACACACGUUCAUCACCCUGAUCGACUGUCGCCAUGACAAAGGUGCAGACAGAGGAAUUAAGCCUCUCUCUGAGCAGAAAGGAUGGGAUUGAGAAAAACUGAACAUCACUUUGCUGAUUUUAUUCAGCAUUUUUUUUUCCCUUCGGUAGUUGAACCCAAGGAGUGAGUUCUGGAAAAGGGACAUUAUUUGGAAUCGUUUACACUUUGCAAAUGAAAAAAAGACCCAUAUUAUAAACUUUAUUAUAGAGAUGACUGAUUUUUCCACAGUCAAGGAAAGUGUUUUUUUCUUUUAUACAGUUUUAUAUGUUAGUUUGGUACAAUUUGUCAGUUUUUGACCUUGCCAAGUAGAUGUAUGUAAGGUAUGUAUGAUGUGCUGAAAAAUAUUCAUCCUGUAAAGCUGAUCACUCUCCUGAAUGCAGAUGGGUGUCUGAGCAGGUUUAUGACUACUUUUUUCUGUUUAGUUGUUUCUGAAGCAUAUACAGUUAAUCCAUCAACUUUAAGUGAGUGUGACAAAUAAACUCCUUUUAAUUUGGAACUAAAGACAAUUUAGUCACAUUUAUAAUUUUAAGGACAAGACAAAUUAUAAUUAGUUUUAAAAGAAGCAUGAAUUUUACAAUAUUUCCAAUUUAGCUGAAGUUUGAUUUUUCUUUUUUUUUUUUUGUAGGAUCCAGACAAUGAAAAUGCAUAUACACACACAUUUUUGUCAAAUGUCCCUCAUUUAGAGCUAGAUUACACACUUCUGGUAGUCAUCAACUAGCUUGGAGCCUACAAUAAUAUGAUACUACCAUGACCAUGCUUGAUAGUAGGUACUUUUAAGAUCUGAAUCUCUCUCGUUGAUUCCAUUCUUGUCAUUGUUGCCAAACAGCUCAAUCUUUUUGUUCUUUAAAAAAAUAGCCGAGCUUUAAGGUGGUGUUUUAUGAGAAGCUAUUUCUUUCUUGUCAGCACCUUCUCAGUGCAUGGCCAUUUAAAACUCAGUGCAGACAGCAGUGCAGGUGUUUUGUUUUUGGUUACCUAACAUCCUAAAGUAUUUACUUUUUUUCUGAGGGUGACAGUUUGGGUCAGAUGGUUUAAACUUUUGGGCACCCCUGAGUAUUUCAAAAGGACCAUCAUCCCAAACGCUGGUAUGGAUGAAGAGGCCCAACAUCAACCUUGUUAAAAGGGUAAGGACUUUGCUGGAAAGCCUAGCCCAGACAGAGCGCCACCCAAUAACUGAUGAGAAGAGUCGUCAGAUAUCCAAUUCUGCCAGGAACUUGUUGGUCGUUAAAAAAGUUGUGGUAAAGUUGCAGCUUUAAUAAAAGCCAUUUAAACAACAUUUAGUGGUGCUCUAUAUACAUGUACAGUGCUCUGAAAAAGUAUUUGACCCAUUAUAGAUUUAUUCUUUUGUUUUUUCAAUCGCACUAAAUUGUUUUAGCAUAUCUUAUGAAGCUUAAUAUCAGACAUAGAGUAAAUAUACUAAGCAGUUUUCAAAUGAUCUUAUUGAGCGAAAAUGCUUAAUAAGCUAUAAAUAAAUUGCUCAUAUAGAACCUGUCUGACAACAUGAAGUAGGCUAAAAGGGCUUGAAAAACAACCUAACAUCCCUUGAUAUAAAAAAACUCAAGAACCGAUGCGAAACAAAGUCACUGGCAUCCAUCAGUCUAGAAAGGGUCACUAAGCCGUUUCUAGGGCUUUGAGUCUUCAGUUAUCCCCAGUGUCAACCAUUAUUCACAAAUGGAGAAAACAGAGUGAAAUAUUUCAAGCCUUUAUUUCUGGUCAUUUGAGGAUUAUGAUUUACAGAUAAACACUCAAAUUUCAGUGAAUGUUACAUAAGAUUAAUAAAAGGUAUAUUUUAAGCAGAAAUGUCAGGCUUCUGAAAAGUAUGUUCAUUUCUAUGUACUCCAUACUUGGUUGAGCCUCCUUUUGCAUGAUUUACUGCAUCACUAUGGCGUGGCAUGGAGACGACCAGCCUGUGGUUCUGCUGAGGUGUUCAGGAAGCCCAGGUUGCUUUCAUAGCUGCCUUCAGGUCAUCUGUAUUGUUGGUUCUGGUGUUUCGUAUCUUCUUCUUAAUAACUCAUAGAUCUCUAUGGGAUUCAGGUCAGGACAGUUUACUGGCCAAUCAAGCACAGUAAUACCAUGGUCAUUGGACCAGUUUAUGGUACCUGUGGAAGAGUGGACAAGUGCCAAAUCCUGCUAGAAAAUAUAACCAGCAUCUCCAUAAAACCUAUAAACAGAAGGAAGCAUCAAGUGCCCUAAGACUUCGUGGUAGAUGGCUGCAUUGACUGUGGACUGUAGAAAACAUGGUGUACCAACACCAGCAGAUGACAUGGUGCCCCAAACCAUCACUGACUGUGGAACCUUCACACUGGACUUCUGUGCUUCUCCACUUUCUGCAGGCUCUGAGACCUUGAUUUCCAAAUUAAAUACAAACAUUGCUUUCAUGUGAAAAGAGGACUUCGGACCACUGGGCAACAGUCCAGUCUCUAGUUGAGGAGGGGCUUGACACGAGGAGAGCAAUAUUUGUAGCCAAUUUGUAAGAUUCGUCUAUGCGUAAUGGCUCUCUGACACCAGCAACAGUCCACUCCUUGUGAAGCUCCACCAAGUUCUUGAAUGGAUUUUGUUCAACACUCCUCUCAAUGCUGCCAGUAUCCCUGUUGCUGGCGCACCUUUUCCUAGCAUAUUUUUCCUUCCACUCAACUUUCUAUGAAUAUGUUUGGAUACUGCAGUCUGUGAAUAUCCAGCUUCUUUAGCAAUAACAAUUUGUGGCCUACCCUCCUUGUGGAGCGUGUCACUAACUUCUUCUGGACAUUUGUCAAGUCAGCAGUCUCCCCCAUGAUCAUGUAGCCUACUGACCCGGACCGGGAGGCCAUUCAGAGGCCUGUUGAGGUAAUUAGCUGCUUAGGGUGUCGCACCACGAGUUUCCAAUAUUUAACUUUUUCACAAUAUUCUAAUUUUCUGAGACACUGAAUGAAGGGUUUUAAAUUUAUCUAUUAGCAGUAAACAUCAAAAUUACAAGAAAUAAAUUCACUGUGUGUAAUGAAUCUACAUAUUUCAAAAAUAAAUUAAGUUAUUUGUUGUAUACUUAUUCCACCUUGUAAUCAAAAUGGAUGAAAUACAACUUGAAUCAAAAAUAUUUUGACAUUCAUGCAAAGAAUGAGAAUGUAUGUCAAAAUCUCGCCAGAACUGUAUAGAACUGAAACCCAUAUUUACAAGAGAUGUCUCAAAACCCGUUUUGAACCGAUAAACAUCAGAAUUUCCAUCUUACAGUUUGACUUUAUUUUUGUCAAACCACUCUUUGAUCUACGCAUCAAGCUGCACCUGAUGGCAGUGUCAGCCGAGGAUGGGGGUGGGAAAAAGGGCCCUUUCACUUCCGCUACUAGAAGAGCAC